AUGGUCAAAAUCGAAACAUUUGCCGUGGAGCAGUGGAUGGAUCUUUAUGAGGGCAAUGCGAAGCAUAAUCUGGCUGAGACCUGCUGCGCAUCCCUCUCUCUCAAAGAUGUCCAGUCCCUCUCGGGAGAGGAGACGGAUAUUAUAGAUUUCUCGCAUAAGCAGACCUACGGUGCAAUUCGCGGCUCAAAGGCUCUACGCUCGAAUAUUGCAAAAUUAUACAAUUCCAGUGACUCGACUACCCCUUUGACCUCUGAGAAUGUACUUGUCACCAAUGGAGCUAUUCAGGCCAAUUUCCUCGCUCUCUAUUCUAGCGUCGGCCCGGGAGACCAUGUCAUCUGUCACUACCCGACCUAUCAGCAGUUGUAUUCUGUGCCAAAAUCCUUUGGAGCAGAAGUGUCUCUUUGGAAGUCUUCAGAGGAAAAUGAUUGGAAGUUGGAUCUGGCAGAGCUGAAGUUUCUUAUUCAGCCAAACACUAAGCUGAUCAUCAUCAAUAAUCCUCAAAAUCCAACUGGCGCUAUCAUUGAACGUGAGACGCUACAGGAGAUUGUCAAUAUUGCCAAACAACACAACAUUACGAUUCAUUGCGACGAGGUUUACCGACCACUAUUCCAUUCCUGGGCCCAGAAGUGCCAGAAAACCCGCCAUCUAUCCUAG